GUUGUUUUUAGGAGAUGGGAAAAGGGGUUAUUGGAAGCCAUCUCAUUGUUUUAGUGGCACUUUCAAUUCAGUUUGCUUAUGUGUUUUCUUUGACCAUCGAAGGCCAGAUUGGUAUUAAUGGUAGCACUAUCAUCAAUAAAUGGAAAAUCACCGAAUUGCCAAAUGGAUGCGACAUAUUUGAAGGAAGUUGGGUGUUUGAUGAAUCUUAUCCUCUGUUUGAUUCAUCAGCCUGUCCUUUCAUUGCCCAGCAAUUCGACUGCUUAAAAUACGGUCGACUUGAUCAUGAAUACCUAAAGUACAGAUGGCAACCCAACCAGUGUAAUCUUCCAAGAUUCGAUGGGUUGGACUUUUUGAAUAGAUUGAAAGGAAAGAAGAUUAUGUUCAUUGGGGAUUCCGUGAGCCACAAUCAAUAUGAUUCACUUGUAUGCCUCCUGCAUGCAGCCGUACCUCAGUCCGUGAUAGUGCAAGAAACAAAUAAGAAUUCGAUAUCCGUUAUAUUCAAGGAUUACGAAGUUUCAGUCACAUUAUUUCACUCCAACUACCUCGUAGACAUCGAAAUGGAACAAAUUGGCCGCGUACUGAAACUAGACUCCAUUAGAAACGGAGAUUUGUGGAAACAAAUGGACAUUUUGAUUUUCAACACUUGGCUUUGGUGGUAUCGUAGUGGAGCUAAACAACCGUGGGAUUACAUACAAGCUGGCGAGGAGAUUUUGAAGGACAUGAAUCGGAUGGAUGCGUUUCGAUAUGGGUUGACCACAUGGGCAAAAUGGGUCGAUGCAGCGGUUGACCCAAUUAAAACCAAAGUUUUCUUUCAAGGAAUAACUCCCUCUCAUUACAAGGGAGAGGAAUGGAAUGAACCAGGAGUAAGGGACUGCUCACUUGAGAGAAGGCCAUUGAACAGCUCAAAUUAUCCGGGAGGCAUGCCAUUAGCAUCAAGCGUAGUAAAUGAUGUGUUGAGUAAAAUCUCCAAACCUGUAAUUUUGCUUAACAUUACUACUCUGUCGCAACUGAGACCGGACGGACAUCCGGCCAUACAUAACGGUAUCGGAGGAAUGGAUUGCACACAUUGGUGUGUUGCUGGUGUUCUGGAUACGUGGAACCAACUCAUUUAUGCAACUCUCAUGUCUUAAAUGAUUUGAGUAGGGAAUUUGUGGAAUAUAUUUUCUUACAUAAUUGACCUUCAUUCUUCAAUGAAAUGACAACAAUGUCUAUAGCCAACUGAUCAACUUCAUAACACAAGC